AUGAUACAGCUUGAUUAUGAAAGUGUUAAGAAGAAAUACGAUUUAAUAAUUAGAGCAGCUAGUCCACCUUUAAGAAGUGAUGCUCAUGUUGAAAUUGUAGUUACAGAUGUCAACGAUAAUGCUCCUGUUCUCAAAGAUUUUCAAGUUGUGUUUAACAAUUUUAGGGACUUUUUUCCUACAGGAUCUAUAGGAAGAAUACCAGCUUACGAUGCAGAUGUUUCUGAUAAGUUAUAUUACAGGAUUUUGUCUGGUAACAACGCAAAUUUGGUAGCACUCAACGAAAGUACAGGGCAGCUGCAAUUAUCACCGCAACUAAACACUAAUGUACCUAAAAUAGCUUCAAUGGAAGCUAUUGACUAG